CGGCGGCCGCCCAAGAUGGCGUCGUGUCCGCGGCGCCUGAGGAGGGAGCGGCGCUGGUAGCGGUGCUGGGAGCGGGAGGCGGCGGUGUCGCUCCGGGCUCUCGGCUGCCAGCGGCCCUCGGGCCUCUCGCGUGCGACGAGGAGGGCUAUGAGCGUUGUGAGCCGCGUCUCUGGUGCCCGCUGAAGGUGCAGCCCGCCCGGCCAUGGCUCUGAGGGAGCUGAAAGUUUGUCUGCUGGGGGACACUGGUGUGGGCAAAUCAAGUAUCGUGUGGAGAUUUGUGGAGGAUAGCUUUGAUCCCAACAUCAACCCAACAAUAGGAGCCUCAUUUAUGACCAAGACUGUACAGUAUCAAAAUGAGCUGCAUAAAUUCCUAAUUUGGGAUACAGCUGGACAAGAGCGGUUUCGUGCAUUAGCCCCAAUGUACUAUAGAGGGUCAGCAGCUGCCAUUAUAGUUUAUGACAUCACAAAAGAGGAAACAUUCUCAACAUUAAAGAAUUGGGUUAAAGAGCUUCGACAACACGGACCUCCAAACAUUGUUGUAGCUAUUGCAGGAAAUAAAUGUGAUCUUAACGACGUAAGGGAAGUCAUGGAAAAAGAUGCUAAAGACUAUGCAGAUUCCAUUCAUGCAAUAUUUGUAGAGACAAGUGCGAAAAAUGCAAUAAACAUUAAUGAACUCUUUAUAGAAAUUAGUCGUAGAAUUCCAUCAACUGACACCAACCCCCCGUCUAGUGGUAAGGGCUUCAAACUUAGAAGACAGCCGUCGGUGACAAAGCGCAGCUGCUGUUGACUGAUCCAUUUGAAAAUCAGACUUGUUUAUACAGUAGGUGGUCUUGGAAGUUAAUAGUUCACGUUGGAUUUAUAUUAUCAGUCUUAGAUCUCUAUCUGCUGGUGUUCAUACGCCAACGGUCCAGUAAAAAUGGACCAGUUCAUCUGACAUCUGUAUGCUCGCAGAAAAGACUGCCAUCGUAUGUCAGCCUGUUUACUUACAAAAAGUUGUAGUAUCUCUUGCAUUCAAAGGGAAUCCAUCAUCACUUCUUUGGCCUUGCUUAAAAGGAAGCUGACUAUGAAUGGUUGAACUGAAAUGUUUAGUAGUUUUGUAAUCGAGAUUGUGUUUUUGUAAAAAGGGAAACGAGCACUUUUGUGGGACUUGGGGGGGAGGUGGAAGGAGUCUGGAUUUUGAAGGUUAAUGAGAUGGCGUUUCUUCCUUUUCUUCAGUGAGCCUUAUUUGAAACGUAAGUGUAGCUAAUCCAAAGUGCAAUGGGACAGUUGGUUUUGAGGUGGCUACAGAAUAAGCAAAUGAAGGCAGAUAACAGUCAAAUCAGUCCGUCCACUCCCCAGAGCCCAUUUGCACUUUUUAUUUAAAGAUAAGCAGUGGGGGUGGGGACGCAUACAACAGAUCUUAAACCAAGGACAAUCUUUCUGUGCUGAAUUUGAGGCAAACUGAUAUGCUUAUAGGCAUCUUCUUGUUCUUACUGUUUUUGACGUUGUUGGUCGAAGAAAGCCUAAAUGUAGUUCUGACUAAAUGAAGUGAUUACUGACUAAAAGCAGAUGCUGUAAACAGAUGCUUCCAAUAGUUCUGAUAAGACUUAAAAGGUCUGGGGGAGAACAUUUAACUGUUUAGCAUGUGUAAAGUGUUCAUAUAAUAUUUAUGAGACCAGUGUUUAAAAUACUAUAAGUUAUGUGAAAACAGUCUUUUAAAAAUAGCAGUCUUAUUCACUCCUUCCAUUCCACACCUAUGGGUGCACUCCUGGGGUUCUCCAUCAGGUUUUUUUCUCCAGCAUCUUUUAGAUAUUGUUGCUGUAAUUUCAUCCAGAGACAGGCUAAAAUUAGUUCUCUUUAAAUCACGUUUGAAAGGUCCAAUAGAGGCUGCUAUUGGUACAGAGUGAGGUCUGUCUGAACAGGUUUUCACCUGUGUUGCACCCAGUCUUUCUUGUUUUGGGCACAAGUACAAAUAAAAAGUAACCUUAAGACACGUGGUGAUGUAGAUCAUUGCUUCUCUAGUUCCUGGGCUUUUUUACCUGCUAGGGUUGGGUUUGUGAUUCUUUUCUUGUUUUUGUGGUGGCUUUUCCUUCUUCCUUUCUCUCUCUCUCUCUUUUUUUUUUUCUUCUUGUUUUUUAUUCAAUGCUUACCUUAUAUUGUGUUGGUUUAAGUUUGCAUGCAAUUAAACCAUAGAUUGACCAUACAUUUUUGUGCUUUUUUUUAUUUUAUUUUCACUUCUUUGUUUCCUACUGGCACUACUGAAGUUCUUCAAAGGUCUUAAGUACGUACUAAUAAAGCUUUAGUUAAGCUUUAGUCUGAAAAUGAGGGCUGUUCUGUUUGCAGUCUGGCUUUCUAUCAUCUGAAGUAUUUUCUCUGAAGGAAUCACAGAAAAGAUUUAGUAAAUGGAAGGACUUGUAAUUCAGAUCAGUUUGCACUAUCCAAAGUUCUUGUAGAGCUAUUAUGGAGCAAAACAGCCAAACUAUUGGGAUGAGAUUUUUAAUUGUAUGAUCUAAUGAAAUAUGGGGACUACAUUUUGUUUUGACCACGCCCUUGCUCGAUUAUGCCUUCUUUGCCACAGCUGCACGGGUUUCAUGCUGACAGAAUGCUUAGGAAGUCUUUAUUUUCAUUAAAAGGCUGUUUGAAACCUUCUUGAAAUGAUGGGCCUUAACAAAGCUGGUAGAGGCAAAAAACAGUCAGUAUUUGGCCUUAUGUUGAUACUUUGUUGUGUGUCGUUGAAAGCUAAUGGUGUAUGAACAGAAAAUGGUACUCCUGCAAAAUGCAUUAUGAGAAGGCUUUUGGAACUUGCUGCUUUUUGUUAUUGGUUUUCAGCACGGAAUAAAACUUGAGUUCAAAUCUUUUUUUCAAUGAAAUAAUGAAGUGGUCUAAUCGUAUUUAUCCAACAUUUAUUGACUUGAGAAGAAAAUAUUGAAUUGUAGGCUAGACUGAAACUGUGCUCAUAUAGAGGUUGCUGUAGCUGUAACUCCAGACAGGGAGUUGCAGUUCUGAUUUUGAAGGGCUCCAGUUAAUGUACCCAUGGAAAAGGCCAUUAUUUCAGAUUGCCCAGAUGUUGAAGUGAGGCAGCUUCUAAAGACUGUGCCUGUGUAAAAUGACAGACCGUUCAUGUAAGUUGGUUUGAGCCAAGAUAACUGUUUGUUGAUCAGUAGGCUUUAGCUGCAAGCUGAUGUGCAGUCCUCUCUAGAUGAGACACACAUGUUCAACGUCUCAUUUUUGUUGGAGGAAAAUGGAUUCUUCUGUAUUAGUUUUAGGCCAUCUGCUGACUGAAAUUAAUUACAUUUUGUCCUAACAUAACUUCUCUGUUUGAAGGCAGAUUAGCCUUUGAGUGUUUGAAGUGCUGAUAAUCAACCAUUUCAACUAACUUCUUAAUUUUGUUAAGGAGUUGUUGAAAUAGUGGAAUAAAACUGUAGUCCUGAGGUUUGCCUUUAAUGAAUGGCACUUGUCACAGAGUCCAGGUUUUAAAAUGCUAUAAAAGGGAAGUGAUUGCUGCACAAAGUUUUAUGAAGGGGCAGACAUCAGAUAUGUAGGAGGUAAUGAGCUGUGUGUCAUAUCAUUGAUCCAGAGCAUUUUUUUUAGCUGACAGAGUAUUACCAUUUCCACUUCUUAACAAUACCAACUCUCCCUCACAAAAGUACAGAUGUGUACAAAAAUGUCCUUUGAUAAAUAGUUUAUUAUUUCGUUUUGGAGCUACUUCAAUGUGCUGCCUGUGUUUUGUAGGGAGUCUUCAUCAUUCCCUAUAAAUUCUCAGUCUCUUAAAGGACCUGUAAUGCUCUUGAUCUGUGCUGAGUAGUUUUGUAGUAUAUUUUAUAUACGUGUUCAAAGCUGACAUGCUAAAUGCCUUAGACAGGUGAAAUGUGGAUGCUUGUGCUUAACAAAACGGAGGCAUUUAGUAGCCAAACCACUGAAACUUGCAAUAGGUGCUUUAAAAAGUUCUAGGAGAAUUCUGACAACUUUUGCUGUUGACAGGGAGGCAAAGACUUUUUAUACUGUCAGACACAUGUUGAAGCAAAACAAAUCAUUGCACUUUAAAUCCCUCCUGACUUCAGUGAGACCUUUUCUCUAAGUAUCAGGCAGUUAACAGCUUACAGGGGUGUUCAGCUUAAACUCAUUUUUAAUCUGUCGGUGUGUGUAGUACCAGUAUUACCAGCCUGUUCAAGAAAAGAUAUUGAUAUGUUGGGAGGAGAGUAAGAGGAGAGGAGCCAGUGUCUUCUUACUGAUCUGGAAUUGAGGUCCCCUAGUCUGGCCAUGGGAAAUGCACUGGAAAUUAUCGUCUUGAUUAAAGCUACAUUUUAAUUAUUAAAAAAAUAAUAAUAAUUUUUAAUUUCUUGAAUGGUUUAAAAAUUAGCACUAACAAGCUUUAUUGUUUUGAUGCUAAUCCUAAAUUGUUCCUCAACAUUAGUGUUAAUAUUCAUUAUAGCCUAUUGAGUAUUAGCUGGGAAAGGAAAUUUUAUUGAUGUUUGAAUGGAUUUCUUGUGAAACUGUCUUUAGUGUUUGGUAACGGAGUCUUUGUGGUGUGCAAUGUCAGUAAUCUGCAAAGACUGCCUUGGGAAUUGAGGGUUUACGGGACAGCAGCAGUCUAAGCUUUGUGGCAGGUGACUGCAGGGAGAGCCUCACUUGUAAGUAGCAAUACCUACAUAAAGUGAAAAAUGUUGCAAGCAUGGGGAGAGUCUGAACACCCAAAUAAUUUAAGCUUCUUUACUGCCUAUUAAAAAAAGCUUCAGGAGUCUCUCUUAAACGCUUUUUGUGGCUCAUCUUUUUUGUAGACAAGAGAUAGGGAUAAGUUUUCUUAGCAGGGAGUUGUUUUGCAGUGAUCUGAGACCCUACAGUGAGGCAGUUUCUUAAAGCAUUACAGUUCUAUGCUUAGAAAUAAGCUUUUCAAAGAUCUGCAAGAAAUUCUCCAGAGAGGUCUUAACAUCUGGACUUAAUUUACCAAAGGCCAUGGUAGUCUGGGGACGUUCCUACUGCCCGGGAGAUGGCCAGUGUUUAUACCCCUCUGCAAGGACAUGAGGGAAGACCCAGGAAGCUACAGACCUGCAGUCUAACCUUGGUCCCUGGAAAAAUUAUGGAGAAGACUACUGUUCAGCCAGUGCCCUGAGUACUGUUGAAAGGCUCUUAGAGGGCAGAAAAAAGCUUUUGUCAGGCAUAGACAAUGUGAGUUCACGCAGGCUUUGCCUCUGUACUUUGAUCUCCUUCAAUGACAAGCCAACUGCUUGGUCUGUGGGGGAAAGGCAGUAGAUGUAAUAAGACCUUUGUUACUGUCCCUCUCAGCAUCCUUCUGGACAAACUGUCCCACCAAGCUGAUAAACUGGUUCAAUGGUAGAACCUGAGUUUGUAGUGGAUGGAGCUACAUCUGGUCGGCAACCAGUCCCUAGCAAUGUUCCCAGGGCUUGCUUCUAGAGCCAGUUCUGUUCGAUCAUUUUAUCAACAGUCUAGGUGCAGGAGUGGAAUGCGAUCUCAGCACAUUUGCUGCUGACAAUAAACUGGGAGGUGCUCGUGCCUGGAGGACAGGAGACCUUGCAGAGGGAUUAGAUAGAUUGGAGCAUUGGGCAAUCAGCAGUGGCAUGAAUUUCAGCAACAGUAGAACACUGGGUGUUGCACUUGUGACAGAGCAGUGUCAUAUGCAGGUACAGACUGGGAGACAAGUAGCUGGAGAGAGCAGCUCAGCAGAAAGGGACCUGGGAGUGCUGGUGACAGCAGGCUCAGCAUGAGCCAGCAGUGUCCUGGCAGCCAAGAGGGCAAACUGUUAUGGAGUGCUUUACACACAGCAUAGCUAGCUGGUCAAAAGGUGCAUCUCCUGCCAUAUUUAGAGUUGGUGUGGCCUCACUGUGGAUAUUGUGUGCAGCUCUGGGCUCUGCAAGUUCUUAUCAGUGUAUCCAAAUGGGCUCAGGAAUCUUUGAUCCAGUGAUUGAUGCUUGUUACUGGCAUUGGAGAACCACAGACAAGACUGAGAGGGGAUCUUACCUACCAUCAUCAGGGCGGAUGACAAGUGACUUUUUUCAGUGGUGCCCAGCGACAGGACAUGGGGCAGUGGGCAAAAUGGGAGCACAGGGAGUUCCAUAUGAAAUUGAGAAAAUAGUUGUUUAAUUUGAGGGUGAGGGAAUGCUGGAACAGCUGCCCAGAGAAGUCUCCUGUGGAGAUGCUCAAAUCCUGCCUGAAUGCUUUUCUGUGCUUUAAAUCUUGCUUAGCCCUGAAGUGGUCAGGCAGUUCAACUCAAUGAUUUUUUAGGUCCUCUACAACUGAGCUAUUCUGUGUUCACAUCACAUCUCUAUUAAUAGAUCACAUCCCUGCUAAUGUUAGGCAACAGAAAAUUCACAGACGAUACUGUUGUCAAUUACUAAUCUAACAUUUCUUAGCAGUGUUUUAGAACAAGAAUGUCAGCUGACCUUUUCAGAGUUGUAGGAGUCCAGCAGGUCAAAAGAAAUAAGCUUGAAACUGUAUCUUUGUUUCUUACCAAGUAUUCAAUUGCCAAAACGUAACUCUGUAACUGUUAGGCCUUCUGACCUCAAUACUUGUUUUUAAAAUAAUUCCUCUUGAUCUUCUGGUGGUCUCUGAAAAUUUGCACACAAACUUUUUCUUAUCAGUGAGGAUCAAAAAUGUUUGAUCUGCAGAAAUCGAAUAAGCAUUACCAGACUGUCCAUGAAGUGUCACUGAUCCUUAGGGCUUCUGAGGGAUAUAAGACUAUCCCGCAUCCUGAGCGUAUUGAUGAGCUUCGUCUCUGACAUGUUAAAGUUCUCCUUUCCUUCUGUCCUUCCCCUCACAUUUUCCCCUCCCAACCCUGAAUUUUUAAGUGCACCUGCUGUAAGCAGCUAUUUCAAAAUACUUCCAGGUGUUCUAGUAGCUCAGUGAUUUGAUGCCUCUUGUUUUAUGUGGAAAAUCAAGGCACUAAGAUGAGUCUGUCCCCUAAAAAUGGGUGCAACAUUUACUGAAACUGUCCUUAUUCUAAAACAGAAAAUCCCUGGAAGAAAUGGUUCUGCUCUUCUCAAUGCAUCAUCCUGCUUUAAGUUUUCACUUAAACACUAACUGUUUUGUUCAAGGAAGGUGGGUUUUUCUUUGUUUUAUUCCUGUCAAUGUUUUUUUUUUUAACAUGAAUUACCAAACAAACCAACUGCUACUCCUGUUGUAAUGCUGAAGGAUACAGACAAGCUUUUCUGCUGUCCUUGUCAUUUAUAUGGACAGAAGACACCAUCCAGUUGUUGCACUUUGGUUUGCUGCAUCUCAGACCCAUUGAUAAAGUCACUGCUGCUUUCUUGCCUCAUUUUCACUCUUGUCACAGUGUGAAUUUCCUAUUAUUAAAUCCGUUAUGUUUUCUUGACUAUUUGUUGUUUGUUUCCUUCUGGGAUUUAGCCAAGAAAAGGUGUCGAGUGUCUUUUCCUCAAAAGUUUGAGCAGCAAAUAUUUGUGAACAAAAUGGUCACCUCUUAAUGAUUUCAUAAAGCUGCACUAAGAAAUCAUAGCAGCUGAGACAUGUACCACUGGGACAUGCUUCACUGUACUAGGUAAGAGGGCAAAAAUCACAGUCAUCUGGAGGAAGUGAAUUAUUGUAAUGCCCAAACAGCAUCAUGUGAAGUACAGAAGUGAUCGACUUCUUUUGUACUUGGUAUUUCUGAAUGUAGUGCAUCCAGCAAUGGAACUGUGACACAGUGAAUUGACAUAAGACAAAGAAAUGGAGGAUAUUUAGAUGUAAGACACUUCAGGCUUCUUGGCAGUGCUCCCCAUUGCACCCUCUCAUUCCCCAGUAUGGUGAAGAAAAAAGGGAAUUGUUCUGGAAGUGUCUAAACAAGAACUACACAUUUGCAUUUGUGUAUUCAGGGCACAGGAAUAACCUGACAUACAUUUAGCUCUUGCGGUGUAAUACACAUAUGCCUGUAAAAUUAAGCGUGAAGGUUAACUUUUGACUCAGCAGUUCUUGUCCCUCUUAAGAACGAUCUGCCUUCUCCUUGCAGUAUUGGGUUAACCUGCUAAAAAGAUGGAAGGGUCUGUGCCUUCUUACUGUAGUGUCUCUUACUGAAACAAACUAAAGCCGCUCAAAGUUACAGAGCAUUUGCAGCACUGUAAACUGCACAAAUUUAUUACCAUUGCUUCACUGCAUGAAACGCAGUCAGGUCACGAGUGAUGAAAUCUUACAGUGAUGAGUUCCCCAGCUAAUGAAUGUUCUGAGACUUUUCUAGUCUUCUCUUGGGCUGGUCCCGAGGGUGUGUACAGGUUUGUCUGUAUUGUUGGUUUGUAGAUGCUAAUGAGGAAAACCAGGCUUUUGUUUUCUCCUUCUGGUUUGUGUUGUUAUACUCCCAUGUAGUGCAUAGAAUGACAAUUAAGAAAUGUUGGUUUGGCAUAAUGUAAACGGCAUUUUUGGCUUAUGCAUUCAUAAUAAACUUUUCUAGUGUAAUAACAUGCUGAAUCACUACCAGUCUGAUGUAUUGUGCAAAAAAGGUGUAAACAUUUUAUUAAUAAAAAGCUUUGUUUAUAAACGUG